GACGAUUUUCUUCCUUUAAAAAUCUCUGCAACUCUUUUCCUCCACUUCUCAAUCAAUUCUUCAUUCCGAUCAAACUCAAAAACCCCUUCGGAAUUCAUCCAUGUCUUCUUCCAAUCAAAAACCCACUUCUUCUCUGUAUCCCUCCGUCGACAUGAAAGACCUCGCCGGUGAUCUCUUUCCCGACGAAGACCCUCCUGUUUCCGGUCAGAAAAGCCCCGAGUCCUCUGAAGAAGUCCUCGUCAAGAUUCCGGGCUCAAUAGUCCAUCUGAUCGAAAGGGAAAACAGCGUUGAACUCGCUUCCGGCGAGUUCUCCAUAGUCGGUCUCAGGCAGGGGAACAACAUCGUCGCCGUACUCGCUCGUGUAGGGAACGAGAUUCAGUGGCCAUUAGCGAAAGACGAAGCCGCAGUGAAGCUCGACGAUUCGCACUACUUCUUCAGUCUCGGCGUUCCCCCAAAUGGGUCAUCGGAAAACAACGAUUCAGCCGUCAAUCGAGAGCCCGAGAUGUUGAAUUACGGCCUGACCAUCGCGUCCAAGGGUCAGGAGGAUCGAUUGAAGCAACUGGAUCAGAUUCUGGAUAAGUACAGUAGUUUUUCGGUGCAGAAGGUGGAGAAAUCGGGGAAAUGGGAGGUCCUCGACGGGUCAAUGGCGAGGGAAAUUUCGCCGGAGGAUCUGGCGGCGUCGGAGGAGAAGAGGGAGCUCAUGGAGGAGAGAUCGGCUGCUUAUUGGACGACAUUGGCGCCGAACGUGGACGAUUACAGCGGAAAGAUCGCGAGGCUGAUUGCGGCCGGCUCCGGACAGGUGAUUAAGGGCAUUCUCUGGUGUGGGGAUGUGACUGUGGAUAGGUUAAAUUGGGGCAACGAAUUUCUGAAGAAGAGGAUGGGGCCUCGUUCUGAUGCGGAGAUCAGUCCAGCCGCCAUGAACAGUAUAAAGAGUGUGAAGAAGCUAACAAAGAUGACAGAGAAAGUGGCGACUGGAAUACUUUCAGGGGUGGUGAAAGUUUCUGGGUUUUUCACAAGUUCAAUAGUGAACUCUAAAGUGGGGAAGAAGUUCUUCAGUCUCCUCCCUGGAGAAAUUGUCCUUGCUUCAUUGGAUGGAUUCAACAAGGUUUGUGAUGCAGUUGAAGUAGCAGGAAGGAAUGUAAUGUCAACCACAUCCGUUGUGACUACUGGACUCGUUUCAGACAGAUACGGAGAUGAAGCAGGGAGAGCGACUAACGAAGGGCUUGGCGCAGCAGGGCAUGCGAUGGGAACGGCGUGGGCUGUGUUGAAGAUAAGAAAGGCUCUAAAUCCCAAGAGUGCGUUCAAGCCCACCACUCUUGUCAAGGCAGCUGCCAAAUCUCAUUCUUCCAAAUAACUAUUUCUGAUUUUUUUUUUCCCUUCUUUCUUCUUUUCUUUUUGUAAUAUAUUAUCCAACCUUAUAUUUGUGGAUUUGAUUCAAUAUUUGGAGUUGGUGAUGCCCAAUCUUCUUUUGUACAUAGAAACUAUUUUGGAUUAGAGCACAGGUAACUUUGUUUUUGUCGUCUAA